UACAAUGUGUAAACGCCGCACCACGGCCGGCCGCGCGUUAGGGGCUUUCCGGCUUGGGGUCACCGGUGUCGACUGUGCUUCUGCUCUGCGAGCUGAUGAGAUUUUAGCGUCGCGUCGUCUACGAAAGUCGUAGGCGGUAUUCUACACUCAGCCGAUGCACAAAACUUCCUACAUUCCAAAGCAAGGCGACGGUGCUUCUGUUCUGGUUGGCUGAGCUGAGGUGGAUAAUACAUACAAUGACGCGUACAAGAUCCAGUUCAUCCAGCACAGUAGAUGUAAGCUCUCGUCGCCUGAGAAAUGGCACAAGACGAGCACAGAGUGGGAGAAUAUCACCUACAUGUACCAAGGAGAAGACAGUGAAGAAGCAAAGGCCAAGAGCUAAGUCUCUCCAAGAAACAAGAAAGAACAAAAUGCAAGUUUCCAUGUCGGAGCUGUGUAGACCAGAGAAUGGCUGUGAUGCUGUUUUGGAUAAUCACAACGUAAUUAGCAGCACAAGCUUAAAUGAAGACUUGCAGGAUGAUGACACGGAUUCCUUGGACGAUAAUGACCUGCCGGCAAUACAGUAUCAUUCUUCAACAGCUGCGACUAAAGUGAAGGAGCUCGUGCCUGGCACCAUGGUGUGGGCCAAGAGUCGCGGUUUCCCACAUUGGCCAGCAGUGCUUCAGAAAGUGUUUUCCAACAACAAGAAAGCUUGGGUCAAUUACUUGGAUAAAACAUACCAAAGAGUUCAAGUAAGUCUGAAGUCAAUGGCACCUUUCUUUGGACCAUCAAGAUCCCAAUACAUUGAAAUUGGUAAAAGCAGCAAGUUCAGCCAGGAAUUCCUAGAGUCCAUGAAAAUGGCUGAGGACUACCUAAUCAAGCAAGGACUUGGGAAGUCAGCAGAGUCCAGCAAUCAGUCCUUCAGCCUAGACUUUGGUAAGUCUGCUUCACCAACUGCCUCACCAAGGAAGAUGCCACUUUCACGUCAGACAUCACCUGACCGGUCACAUGACACUGAAUCAUCAGCUGAUUUGCCAACAAGCACCAACAAUGACGUGUCAACCGAUGAAGAGAUUUGUAUAGGCCAUCCCAUUGGCAGUACAUGCUAUGACGCAGUGGACAAAGACGACCCAGCACUUAUUGAGAGGAGAAAAGCUUGGAAAUGCAUGGAAAACCGUUUACUCAAAUAUAUCCAUCGAGACACAACAAAGAAUCACCUACUGGAUAUUUACCAUGGGAAGUAUAAGUGCGAGAGGCAGCGGCUAUUUAAAUCGGACAGACAGGCCGACCGACUGGCACUACGUACAAUGGCAGGCCAGGGACCAAUCACAGAUGAGGAAUUGCUGAGUGAGUUGACUAACUUCUUGCGGGACCUAUAUGUGGAAAAUUGCAUGGAAUGUAAGGAGGAUAUCCCCAAUGCAUCAUAUAUCACCGAGGUCUGGCUCCCGGAGGCCAUCAUAUUUGCAAUUCAAAAGACCAGACGAGUAGUGAGACAUACCGCAGAGGAGCUGUUCCACUCAGAAGGGGUUCAAAGUCUAAUAGACCUGGGUGAUGACAUGCCUGCUGCAUCGUCUACAGUCAGUACUUCCUGGGAUAAAGCACUACCUUCCUCAACAAACAAUAACAGAUUCUUGUGAGGUCCAGAAUUGAGGACGGUUAUCCUAGGGAGCGACAAUUGGAUGUCACUUCUCCGUAAGUCAUGAACUGAGUGAAAAAUGCGCAUUUGUUCAGAGCCAGAGACACGUCACGAAUGUAGGCCAUCAAAAUACUGGUAGAUGUCAGCAGAAGUGUGGACUCAGGCCUUCAACAAAUUGAUUCCUUGCACCAGUCAUCAGAUGUGUGGAUGCAGGCCUUUAACAAAUGGACUCCUAGCACCUGUCAAUAGAUGUGUGGGUGCAGGCCUUGAGCAGACUGACUCCUAGCGCCUGUCAGUAGAUGCAUGGAUGCAGGCCUUGAGCAAACCGACUCCAAGUACCUGUCAUCAGAUGAUUUCAACAAACUGACUCCUAGAACUUGUCAUCAGAUUUGUGGACAUGGGCCUUCAGCAAACUGACUCCUAGUACCAGUUAUCAGAUGAGCGGAAGCAGGCCUUCAGCAAACUGACUCCUAGCACCUAUCAAUAGAUAUGUGCACGUACAUGUAGGCCUUGAACACACUGACACCUAGCACCUGUCAUCAAAUGUGUGGAUGCAGGCCUUGAGCAAACUGACUCCUAGUACCAGUCAUCAGAUGAGCAGAAGCAUGCCUGCAACAAACUGACUCUUAGCACUUAUCUUUAGAUGUGUGGAUGUAGGACUUGAACAAACCGACUCCUAGCACCUGUCAAUAGAUGUGUGGAUGCAGGCCUUGAGCAAACUGACACCCAGCACCUGUCAUCAGAUGAGCAGAAGCAGGUCUUCAAUGAACUAACUCCUAGCAUCUGUCAUCAGAUGUGUGGAUGCAGGCUGUCAUCCUGUCAUUAGUUAAAUGGAUGCAAACCGGUGACAAACUCAAACCUGGCACCUGUCAUCAGAUGAGUUUAUGCAAGUGUUCAAUGAACUCAUACCUUCCACUUGUAAUCACACAAGUCGAAAACAAAUUGAUCCUGGCACCCGUCAAGAUUUGAUAAAAGAGUUCAUCUGCAACCCCGAGCUGGUUCUCACUCCUCAAAACGUAGGGCGGCUUUCAUUUACACCUCUUAUUGGUCACUGGAUGGACACAAUGUCCGAGAUAUUGGCCUUCAUAGUUUUGUAUCAGGGCAAAUAGAGAGGGGCCUUCAGCACUGCAUGGGAAACACCAAACAUUGAAUAACUAGACAUUAGCCUCUCAAAAGUCAAGUCAUUCGUCUUAUGAUGGCAGAAGUAUGUACAGUUCUUGUAUGUAUGUAUAAUGAAGCAAGUAAACGCUAAAUUAAUAUUUUUGUAAUUUCAUAUUCUUGGCCUGGUUGACUGUGUUAGAUUUCCAUCAUCAAAUUAAUCAAUAAAACCAUUUUGUUUACGAAGAGUUCAGGGACACAAGCUGGAGUGACCUUGUGUAUAAAGUGUAAGAUCAUGAUCAACCAUUCACUGUCCCACCAACGCAUUGUUUUUCUAUAAGGCAAACCAUUAUAACGUGUAUGCUGCUGUUACUAAUUUGAAAAUGCACUGAUCUGUUCUGCAGAAUUAAAUGGCUUACAUGUAUAUAUUUGAGAUUCAUGUUUAACAGAUUUUUUGUACUUUGUACAACCGUCACGCCUACAAAAUGUGACAACAUAAUAUUCUACUCCUAGAGUUUUGAAAAAUUAGAACUAACCAAGCCAAUCAUUCCACAGACUUUGUAGUAAUUUGUCAUUCCAUUAAAUGGAUUUUUCUUUUAAAUGUACUUAUACAAUUAUUGAUGAAUUUCAAUGCCUUUUGUCAUUUAGUUUGGUAAUUGACACAAAUUGUACAAAACUGUCCCUGACCUUUGUUUUUGCCAGUAGCAAUGGGAUUUCUGCAUUAGAUGUUAAAUCAUCUCGAGGAUAUUAUGUAA